UUUUCCUCACUUGGUUUGGUCCGGAACCCAACGUGACGAUCAGGAAGUGAAGGGCGGUGGUUGAGAAAAGCGCAGCGUCUAGCCAGCCGAGUCGUGUAGUUGUCAGGAAAAAAAAAAAGGUCACCAUGUCUAGCAAAAGAGCAAAGGGAAAGACCACGAAGAAGCGCCCUCAGCGCGCGACUUCCAAUGUCUUCGCCAUGUUUGACCAGUCCCAGAUCCAGGAGUUCAAGGAGGCCUUCAACAUGAUUGACCAGAACCGGGAUGGCUUCGUGGACAAAGAGGACCUCCACGACAUGCUGGCCUCACUCGGUAAAAACCCAACCGAUGAGUACCUGGAGGCAAUGAUGAUGGAAGCUCCUGGACCCAUCAACUUCACAAUGUUCCUCACCAUGUUUGGAGAGAAGCUCAACGGCACCGACCCCGAGGAUGUGAUCAGAAAUGCCUUUGCUUGCUUUGAUGAAGAGGGAACAGGUUCUAUCCAGGACGAUUAUCUCCGAGAGCUGCUCACCACAAUGGGUGACCGGUUUACAGAUGAGGAGGUGGACGAGCUCUUCAGAGAGGCCCCCAUCGACAAGAAAAGCAACUUCAACUACGUGGAGUUUACACGCAUCCUAAAGCACGGUGCCAAGGAUAAGGACGAUUAAAGAGCCCUACCAGCCCCACCGUUUCCAUCCUUCUCACUUCUUCUGUCAACUAGAUCACAGUGCUGCCUGUCUCGACUCUCCAGUACCAGCCCCAUUUUAAACUAAACCAAAACAAUAACUAUCCACUCAAGUGUGUUGUGAACUUCCAGUAUUGCCAAAUGUACACCUAAUGAGGAGAAAACAAAUUCAAAAAAGUUGCAAUGUGUUUUUCCUGUCACGUACAGAUGUGAAGUGGCAGCACCUUGGAAGCUUUAAGGAUAAGUCUUUUGCAAUUCAUGUGAUCAGGUUUAGUGGAAUUUUUACAUUUUAUAAUAUAAACUUUUUAAAUAAAGCCAAUCUAUCAAGUUGUAUAUUGCUGACUUUCUCCCUUCCAUAAAUGACAACUGAAAUAA